UAUUUGGUCAAGGAGACGGAACUAAAGAAGCGUUAGUUUGAGAGAUGGCUUGGUGUGCAGCUAGGUCGAUUCACGUGCCGACGAUCGAUGUGGGCGCGCUGCGCAAACGGGCUCCGGUGGCCGCCGGCGUGGGAUUUGCCUCCGUGGCAGGCACCACCUUAUGGCGUUCCUCCUUCCCCACUUUUUCUUCUUCCAAGCGCUCUACGCCCUUCGCUUGCUUGGGCAUUUCCACUGAUUCUCGUAUAAAGGAACCUGUUCAAACAGAAAAGGCUCCUGCAGCACUGGGACCAUAUUCUCAGGCCAUCAAAGCUAACAACUUUCUCUUCGUGUCUGGUGUUCUUGGGCUUGUUCCAGAGACUGGGAAGUUCAUCUCGGAUUCUGUGGAAGAUCAAACAGAGCAGGUUCUCAAAAAUAUGGGAGAAAUACUGAAAGCUGGUGGUGCAAGUUAUGCUGCAGUAGUUAAGACAACAAUUAUGUUAGCCGACUUGAAAGACUUCAAGAAAGUGAAUGAGAUUUAUGCUAAAUAUUUUUCUUCGCCUUCCCCUGCUCGUGCAACCUAUCAGGUAGCAGCAUUACCUUUGGAUGCGAAGAUCGAAAUUGAGUGCAUUGCUGCAUUAUAAACUCCUUUGAUGCAUGGAAACACUUCUUCAGACAACUUGGAUUAAUAAAUGUGGGAGGGGUAUCUGUGUCUCCAAAACAUGGAGUUUUGUGACUUUGUUUGUUAUCAUAAGAACACGAUCUUGGCUUAACUUGUAAACUAUUUGGGGAGCAUCAACCAACAAGAGGACAUCUAGAUGCACUGUCCUUGUUUGAUGGAAUUAAAUGGAGAAAGCAUUCGGUUCACUUA